AUGAAUCAAAAUCGUUUGUGCGUCUUAGCAAUAGUUUUAUUAAUCACAACCAUUUCCAUAACGCAUUCAUUUCCAAGCGGAGAACUUAGGAGAGAUAAUGAUGCGUGUACUAAUCUCAAGCAGACCUACUUAAAAACACAUGAGAUUAAAUAUGCCGACGUAAAAGGCUGUUAUGAAUCUUUUCCUUAUAAUUCUGCUAGGUCAUCCGAGCUCAUAGAUAUAUUUAAACGACUCUAUGGGAAUUUCUAUGUACAUUUGAAUAAAGCCAAGGAGCCUCCCCAGCCUGGAUUUGACUAUAAACCCGUUGAUUUGCUAAAGGAAUUCGAUCUCUUGGUUGAAAAGAAUUAUCAAUCAGAUUUUGAAUUUACGACUGCCAUUGUAGAUCUUUUAUCCGAGAUGAAAGAUGCUCACGUUUCUUUUAAUCCAAAUUGCUAUUCCAUAUUUCAAUUUGCCCAAGAAAUUUAUUUAUACUCAGUCGUAAAACCUGACGGAACUCAAGUAAUCCAAGUUUAUGAAUAUAAGAAAGAUCCGUCCUUGGUAGAUUGUGAAGUCACCCACAUCAAUGGAGAACCCGUAUUCGAUGUAUUGAUAAAAUAUGCUAAAACUAAAAUAAGCGUAUCGCGUGAUCUCGGAGUUAGAUUUAAUAGUGCCUUAAGAUCUCCCCUUAGACUUGGUUAUUUUGCUCAGCGUACAAAGCUACCUGAAGAUGAAAUCAUUUCUUAUGACAUCUUAUGUUCAGGACAAAAAUCUCACCUUGAAAUUCCUUGGAAUAUCACCAUCACAAAUAGUUCCUUAUUUAACCAGUUUGAAGAUGCGAGUAGUUACUUUGAAAAUCUGUGUGCUAAUCCUGAUAAGAAACUCUCAACUUCUGCCAGUUCAGAUAGCAUAGGAAAAAAUGACGCCCAGUCUGCUGAUGCAGAACCUUUUCUAGAAGUGCAAGAUGUCGCAAAGUUCUAUCAAUUAGAUGAUAUCGGUGUUGUGCGGGUUUAUUCAUUUGGUAUUCCAGGGGCAACUACAAACGACUUUCCGAACAUUUAUAAGAGUCUUAUUGAUGGAUUUAAUCUAUUGACUCAAGCUAAUGUUAAAAAGAUUGUCCUUGAUUUCACUGAUAACGGUGGAGGAUACGUAGAUAUCUCUUCAUUUCUCAACAUUCUUUUACUUGAUGCAAGUGAUCAAAUCUACACACUUCCGGAUGAUAUGAGAGUAUCCAAAAUCGCAGAGCUUGCAUUUAAAAAAAGUACUACUGAGAAUGUUGUAUAUGAUGAAAUUUUUAACGCUCAUCUUAAAAUAGACGCUGUCACAGGAGAGCUUUUUAACACAUCAGAGGAAUUUAUUGGCACUAAUUAUUAUAAUCGUGGGGGCGAUGAAGUUAAGUUUACGAACAAGUAUGUAAACAAACUCUCCACUUCUGCUGCGGAAAGUUCAAAAAACAUUACAAAGUUACCAUGGAAACCAAGUGAUAUGAUUAUUUUAACAAACGGGUUCUGUGGAUCAUCAUGCUCUCUUACCACAAAUUACUUGACCGAGAUAGGUCAAGUUCCCACUGUAGCAGUAGGAGGUUUUUAUAAUAAACCGCUUUCAUUUGCUUCAUUUGCUUCUGGAGGUGUCAUACCAACCGAUGCACUUAUAUAUACUUUACAAAUUUUGGGAUUUAACAGUAGCACAGAUCCUAGUUUUUAUAACAUUAAAGCUUCCGCACAAUUCACUCACGUGGAAACUUAUAGUAUAGUUAAUCCUGAUGAGGUACUCGAAUUCACAUUUAGACCCGCCAAAUACAGGUUGUAUUAUGACAAGGAAAGCAUUAGAAAUAUCACUGUAUUAUGGCGCAAAGCUGCCUCUUUUAUUGAAAGCUCUUAA